UCGGGAAUGUAUGUAGCAGUGUGUUAAGACAAAUUCAAAAAUGUGAAACAUUCACGGGCCCUUGAAUAAACAAAAUGACUAAAAUUAGCAGAAGUUUCAGAGUGACGGACGAAUGACUAUACCCAAACAAUUUCCAUAUUUUCUUCAAAACUCUGCCUUUCACGUGACAACUGACCCAUGUUUUAAGCCAGCUGCUCCGCAACAAAGUACUACUUCUCCUUCACCCCCUACUUACCCCCCCCCCCCUCUCGGAAACCGAUAGCUCACUGUCUCCCAAAAUUCAGUCCAUUUUCCAGACCUCGUUUCUUACAUUAAACCAAACAACAUGACAAACAAACACUAACUUGGCCUUUAGUCACUAAACCAAGCACUGGAUUUUGUUAGUUGAAAACUUGCAAUGUCCCCAUUGAUGCUUGUUCUCUGUUUUCUUCAACUAUUUUCCACUUCUUCUUCUACUAGUACACCAUCGGCUCCAUUAAACUCUUUACUUCCCUCAGACGCUGUAUCUUUACUAUCCUUCAAAUCCAAAGCUGACCUUGACAACAAGCUUCUUUACACACUCAACGAGCGUUUUGACUAUUGUCAAUGGCAAGGAGUGAAAUGCGUGCAAGGUCGUGUUGUACGUUUUGCUCUUCAAAGUUUUGGUCUUAGAGGUACUUUCCAGUCCAACACUUUAACUCAUCUUGACCAGCUCCGAAUCCUUAAUCUUAGGAACAACUCACUCUCUGGUCCUAUUCCUGACCUUUCUGGUCUUACAAACCUUAAAACUCUGUUUCUUGAUCAUAACUUUUUCUCUGCAACUUUUCCUCUUCCUCUUCUUUCUCUUCACCGCCUCAUUAUCCUCGAUUUGUCCCAUAAUAAUCUCUCCGGUUCACUCCCUCUUGGGCUUACUGUUCUAGACCGGUUGAACUAUCUCCGGCUUGAUUCUAACUCGUUCAACGGUUCGAUUCCGCCAUUGAACCAAACCCAACUUCAAAUCUUCAAUGUGUCUAGAAAUAACCUUACUGGUUCAAUACCUGUUACUCCGACUCUGAAGAAAUUUAACGAACGCUCAUUCUUAUGGAACCCUAAUCUUUGUGGUAAAGUUAUUAACACGCCAUGCCCGUCAACUCCAUUCUUUGACUCGCCUUCAGCUGCUGCCUCCCCGCGGCCCUCACCGCUAUACCAAGAUGCACAGUCGCAGGGUAUUGUUCUUACUCCUUCACCUCAGCAUAAGCACAAAAAAGUUGGUGUCGUUUUGGGUUUUGUGGUUGGAACAUUGAUUUUAAUUGCAGCUGUUCUGUGUAUCUUUGCUUUGGUAAGAAAGAGAAGAGAAGAAAGUGAAACUGAACCAAAAGCAACAAAAUGCACCAUUGAGACAAUUACCCACAAUGCAGUGCCAGCUGAUAAUAGCCAAUUAUUAGAGAUUAAAUUAGAAAAGGAAGUGAAAGUGGCUCAAGUCUCUCAACAGCAAUUAAAGAGUGGAAAUCUGAUAUUUUGUUCAGGAGAAACAGAGUUGUAUACUUUAGAGCAACUAAUGAGAGCAUCAGCAGAGCUGCUCGGGAGGGGCACAAUUGGAACAACGUAUAAAGCUGUAAUGGCUAGUCAAUUGAUAGUUUCAGUAAAGCGAUUGGAUGCUUGUAAAACUUCAAUUACGAGUGGCGAAGCGUUUGAGCAGCACAUGGAGGAAGUAGGAAUGUUACGGCACCCAAAUUUGGUUGCAGUUAGAGCAUACUUUCAAGCUAAACAAGAAAGGCUUGUUAUCUAUGAUUAUCAGCCUAAUGGCAGUCUCUUCAAUCUCAUUCAUGGGUCAAGAUCGACAAGGGCAAAGCCCCUUCACUGGACAUCGUGUCUAAAAAUAGCGGAAGAUGCGGCUCAGGGUCUUGCUUACAUACAUCAAGCAUCAAAGCUCACACAUGGCAACUUGAAGUCCUCAAAUGUGCUUCUAGGGUCUGAUUUCGAGGCCUGUCUAACAGACUACUCCCUCAUUGCGCUUGCAGACAUUUCUUCCGAUGAUGAUCCUGAUUCAGCACGCUAUAAAGCACCAGAAGUUCGCAAAUCUGCACGAAAAGCCACUCCAGGGUCUGACGUCUAUGCCUAUGGCAUUCUCUUAUUAGAGCUUUUAACGGGUAAACCUCCAUCUCAGCAUCCGUAUCUCUCCCCCCCUGAUAUGGCAGAUUGGGUUAGAGCUAUGAGGGAGGAUGAUAAUGAGGAGGAUAGAUGGCUCUCAAUGUUAGUUGACCUUGCUAAUAUAUGUAGCUUGACAUCACCAGAACAGAGACCAACAAUGAGGCAAAUCUUGAAAAUGAUACAAGAUAUAAAGGAUAAUGCAAUGGUGGAGAAUAACAAAAGGGAUGAACAUACUGGAUAUUCAUAGCUUCUUCUGAAUUGCAGUUACACCAUUAACCAGCAAGGUUGCAUGGUCAAUUGUAAGUGACACACCUGGAAACAAUUCGGAUAAUGAAAUCAUAUAUCUGUGUUUCCUCCUUUGGCAAAGUGUCAUUAAUUGACAACAGAUUUGCUAUUGACUUUUGCCCAGAUUGACCAAACUGUUAAUGGUGCUUGUACCUUACUACUCAGUAAACAACCUAAAACUGAUAGGUUAAGGUCGAUCUGCUAGAACAUAAGACAACUUAGUCAUUGAUGAUUAUGGCA